GGGCCUGCUCGGCGCUCGGCCGGCCUCCCUACGUACGGCGCGCGUCGCACUCGGAAGCUCCGGGCGGCGCCAUCAUGUCGACGGCCAUGAACUUUGGGUCCAAGAGCUUCCAGCCGCGGCCCCCGGACAAGGGCAGCUUCCCGCUGGAUCACUUCGGCGAAUGUAAGAGCUUUAAAGAGAAGUUCAUGAAGUGCCUUCGCGACCGCAAUUUUGAAAACGCUUUGUGCAGAAAUGAAUCCAAAGAAUAUCUGGAAUGCAGGAUGGAGAGGCAGCUAAUGGCUCAAGAACCGCUGGAGAAGCUGGGGUUCGGAGAUCUCAUAGAUGGGAAGUCAAAGACCAAAACCCAGUCUUGAUGGGAGGAAGGCCGCCGGCUGUGUCGGGGGUCGUCAGGGACGGAGUGUGCUGCAUGGACCUGUCACCCUGACUGUGUACUUCCUGAGGAGUGUGAGUUAGAAAGGGGCUCUUGGAAUGUCCUUGAAACAGUCAGAUGAUGUCAGAGUAGGCAUCCUCUCUGUGGUGCACCCGUAGCCAGGAUGCGGCUUGUCUCUGGAAGCUUCCCAGAUUAUUCUGAACAGUUACUGUUCUUUUUAGAUUCUCAUUUUCCCCAGGGGUGUAAGGCUUCAUCUUGAAAUCCAAGUAUGUGACAGUGUCCCCAGGGAGGCCCGUGACAGACAGGAGGCCAGCGUGUUGAGCACCGACUGGGUCAGUGAGCGGCACCUCGGCCCUCCUGUGAGGUGAUGAGUUUCCAUGAUGAGACUCUGCGCGUCUUUUCAGGGCUGACGUGCUGAACGCUCACGAACCUCUGUUGUGUAGACGGACACUGUCAGAAAACCAUUCCCCAACAGAGUGGUUUCCUUUUGUAUUUGUAAACAUAUAUGCUAGCUUAUUUCCUUUUUUUUUUUUUUAACAAAAUAAGUAUACAAACUAGGAAGUGAGUAAUAGAAGUCGCCUGGCUUUGGACGUAUUUGACGUCUUGAUCUUUUCUUCAUAAUGCCCGAAUCCCGCGUAUCUUUCUGAUCAAGGGGUUGUUUUCUGAUUUGUAUCAGACUAUAUUUAUAAAACUAGAUGUUUGAUUUGAAUAACUCCUUCAUUGUAACUCUGGAAAAUAGAAUGUCAGUACAUUUGCGGUGUGGCUUA